AUGGCAUCAUUUGAGGCGACCAUUAGCCUGAAUAACUCUCGGGCAGCGUUCAUCGAACGCGUUUACAAGGAGCUGCUCACAGAAGAGGCGAAAAGCCUCACAAUCUCCAAUCUCCAGGGUAAACUCGAGAUCCUGGAGACCUACUGGGAAAAAUUCGAGAGCACUCAUGAGAAGCUCAUCGCUGGCAGCGGCAAGAUCGAAGGGAUCCUUGAAUUGCCGUACUUCAAGGACCAUCGGUUCGACAUUACUAUCGGGCAUUAUCAUGAGGCAAGGGGUAUUUUAAGCCAGCUCAUUGAUAAAAGGGGGAUCUCAGGUUCAUCUCGUCGGUCUCUCGCGUCUGGGACGGCUCAGCCCACAUACUCCAAGCGUUAUCUCCCUGAGAUUUCUCUGCCCAAGUUCGGAGGGGCCUAUGCGGACUGGCGCUCGUUCCGCGAUCUUUUCGCGUCUCUGGUCGGCUCGAAUACGGAUCUAUCCAACGUGGAGAAGAUGCAUUAUCUUCGUACUAGUCUCUCAGGGGAGCCAGCUCAACGCAUCGCGAAUCUUACGAUCUCGGAUGAGUCAUUCUCGAUUGCAUGGGAACUGCUCUUGUCUCGCUACGAGAAUAAGCGACUGCUCAUUUCAGCUCAUUUGGAACACCUCCUCAGUCCCCCAACCAUGACUUCUCACAGUGCCAAAGAGCUCAAUGCCCUGCUCACUGUCACCUCUGAGGCACUGAACGCUCUGGAGGCUCUCGGCUCCCCAACCUCCCAGUGGGACCAGGUGAUCGUACAUACGGUCUCGCAACGGCUCAGCUCAAAGCUUCGUGAAGCCUGGGAGGUCAAGGUCGGUUCAUCGGCGGAGUAUCCUUCAUACAAGGACUUCAAGGAUUUCCUCACUGGGAGAGCUCGCGCGAUGGAGAGCAUCGAGAUUAACUCGGUUCCUCGUGCUCCUGCCACAAAGCCCUCCAAUGUCAGCUCAUCCAAGCAGUCGACCGCUGCGAAGGUUCACCACGGCACCGCUCAACCACCACAAAAAUCGAGGCCAGCUCCCAAGUCCGCUCCAUCGGGGAAGGUCACGUACCCGUGCUCGAUGUGUGAGGCAGACCAUUACCUCACAUCCUGCUCAUCCUUCCGUCAACUUUCGGUAUCAGCUCGUAGGGAGGUAGUAGAGCGUCGCUACCUCUGCUACAAUUGCCUUGGUCGGCACUCGGUGAGGGACUGCAGGUCCAAGACCAAGUGCCAGUAUUGCGGGGGCCUCCACCACUCGAUGCUCCACAACCAGCCAUCGAGUCAGCCUCAACGUCCAGCUCAGCAGAGGCAACAGACCAACUCAACCCAGCAAAAGGCCGUUCCGGUGGUGACCUACACCCACGAAAACGACAUCCCCAUGGUGGUGACUGGUCACCACUCAGAUUCCGGAUCCGCUCAAGACUUCCGCCCUGGGGUCCUUCUGGCUACCAGCCUUGCGCUUUUGGUACGCCCAGAUCAGCCAGCUCAUCAGGUUCGUCUACUCAUCGAUCCAGGGUCGGAAAUCUCCGUCAUCUCAGACCAGCUCGUUCGUCAGCUUGGGCUGUUAAGGCUCAAGACACAGCUACGAAUAUCGGGGAUUGGAGACACGGCAUCUGGGCCGGCAUUAGGCAAGGUUCGGCUCACAAUACAGUCCACUUGCUCUCACUUUCAGCUCAGAGUUUCUGCCUAUGCUCUCGGUCCGCUCACAACCUCAUUACCGACAUUCUCACCAAGUCAGCUCACAUGGGAUCAUCUGGAAGGACUCCAGCUCGCUGAUCCCGAUUUUCUCACACCAGCACCAAUUGACAUCCUUCUUGGCGCUGAUGUCUAUGGACAACUCAUCUUACCACAAGUCAUCACCAACGGACCAAACUCACCAUCGGCUCAGCUCACGCGACUUGGAUGGAUCGUAUUCGGACCAACGGAAGGUCCUGAUACUACUCAAGUAGCAACUUCUCAUCUAACGGUCACCAACGAGGAUCUCAACGAACUGCUCACCAAAUUCUGGAUCCAGGAAGAGAUCCCUGGGACACCAGAGGUUCAGCUCAACGAGGAGGAAGCGCAGUGUGAAGAACACUUUCAACGGACCCACUCACGAGAUGCAUCUGGCCGCUACAUUGUUCGGAUACCGCUCAAAUCUCCAGUUUCCUCGCUAGGAGAUUCACGAUCGUCUGCACUCGCUUGCCUCCAUCGUCUGCUCAGGAAACUCUCACGUGAUGAGGUUUAUCGUCAGCUCUACACGGACUUCCUCAGGGAAUAUGAAGAGCUCGGCCACAUGCGUCGAGUCUCCGGACAGCUCGCUAGAUCAGCUCAUCAGCGCCAGCUCAAUGGGGGGGCACGGGCACCGAAAUGA